ACGAUCUGCGAUGAAUUGUGCAGGCUCGGAGAUUUGCAUGAAUGCAUUGUCAAGGUCCUUCGCUUACCGAGCAACCAAAACGCUAGAUCUCUCCGGUGCCCGCCAAAAGAAACUGGUAGAAGCAGAGCAGGGAAGCUCAAUUAGAUUGCUGGACAUUUGCGGUGCAAUGAGGGAUAACUCAGCGGCAAUGAAAGAGCAUGUUCAAGACGUCCGAUCGGCCGUCAGAAGAGGAGAUGAAGCGGCUAUCGAAAGCAAAGUGCAGGCUUUCAUUCGCGCGAGUAAGAAAUUGAACAAGGAAGCCAAGAAGCAAAUGGAUCAUAACAAGUUCGCAGCGCUUUCCGCCACUAAAGAGGAUCGGGGUCAGUCGACUGCCAUACAGAUACUGAUCAAAGCAAGAGAGGUCACCGUCAGCGUCCUCCAAUCCAUUUUAUCAUUCUUGUCGACGAGAAUUGUAAAGCCGAAGACCAGCAAGUGGUCUCUCGUCUCGAGGACGCUGCACAAGCGGAGAGUAGCAUGCGAAGAGGAGUGCGAGAUCGAUGCAUCGUUCUUUUGUUCUUGUUCUUUGAAGGAUUUUAAUGAAGAGAAGAGAGCGAAUGCGCAAAAUCAAUUGCGAACAUUGGAGGCCACAGUUGAAGGUCUAGAAGAAGGAUUAGAAUGCCUGUUCAGGAGAUUGAUCCAAUGUAGAGUCCAACUACUAAAUAUCCUCAGUUCAUAGAUUCUCUUAGGCCUUGUAACCUGAUGCCCAAUGCCAACAAUCCAUUUUGUCGAGAAUUGGUUGAUCUACUUCAGAUUUUCCCGCCAUUUGUAUAUUGUUUCAAAAUGUAUGUAGUGUCAUAUUGCAACUCAAAUAAUACAAUAUUUCUGCUACAGAAGUUGUUCUAACUUUUUUGCUCUUAUGUUAGCAUUUCUUUUAACUUACUGGGCUUGAAAAUAGUUCAUGUAAUGGCUAUGUGAGCGCCUGUUUUGCAGGACUAUUGUUUCAUAAAAUGGUGUUAUUAGGUGAAGCACUACAAAAAAAAUACAAUAGAAGUACUUUCUUUUCUAUGUGUAUUAAGUUAAUACAGGU